UCGAGUACGCGUAAAGUCGCGCGCUCGCACCAACACGCGAUAAUAUACUCCAAACGUUCGAUUCGUACAGUUCACCGAUUAUCGUCGCAGAACUGCGACUCUAAGAAAAUAAUUCGGACGAGGCUAUUCGGUCACUUGUUCAUCGAAAAUACGAGUGCGAAAGCACCGUAUCUUCUCCCACUCGUUUUUCGUCCGACCGAACGGUGGCCGAUUGCUUUUCGGAUCGGUUGGACGUAUACGAGGGCAGUGAUAUUUCGUACGGGUUCGAAUAAUGUUGCGGUGUCGUUAAUAAAUUUGGCCGACGCUAUCGAACGUCAGUCCGAAACCGGUGGAAUCAAACGAUCGUCCGAAGACCAACGAUGGCGGACGGUGGAAAACGAGAAAACGAUCUUCCGAUGGUUCGGCUGGAGAAAGAACACGGGCGGGAAUCGGUCACCGAAACGCCGCGGUGUCUUUACGCGAAUUUGAUCGAAGACGCUAAACUCGAGGGAUACACACCGAUUUUUCCAACGGCCCCCAGUUACCCGGUAACACCGAUAGCCCGAAGGGCGUGCUUCUCGCCUCCGUAUUACGUAGUGCCGAUCGAGGAUUCCCUAGCGGAAAAUAACGGGCAUGGAACGUCGCCACCACCCCCGUUCAAUCCGGCGUUCACCGAUCCCGCGGAAAACCGUGAAACGAACGUAACGGAAAACGUGACGACGGUGGAACAGGAACCGCAACGCGAUCCGUAUCUAGGCAUGAUCGAACCACCGAGGAACGCCUGCUGCACAGCGAUGAAAAUGUGGCUGACGAUCGCCAUCACCGUUAUAAGCGUCGCCAUAAUUAUAAGAGUUCACCAGCAAACGGUGAAAAGACUCCUGAGGAUGGACGGUUGGCGCGACGAGUCCGGCUGGUCGGAGGACGCCCCCUAAUUUUCCGGUGAUCGACGUCCCUUCGAUGCGAGAAUUCUCAACGGUUCGGAGUCUCUCGCGGUCGGUUCGUAGAAAAUUCGGCUCUCCGACGCGAUCAAAACUGCGGUCGGGGUUUCGGAGGGACUGGGAAAGGGUCGCGAAAACCGAAUGGCCAGCGACGACGUGUUAUUGGGACCGCCGGAGAUCCGAAAAAUUCGGGUCCGAAAUAACGUCGGAUCGACCGUCGACCGACGUGACCCGAGAGAAGGCUUCGAUGACGACCUACCCGACAAAUUUUUGUAAUAAAGUUUGACUCUGCGAUAAAAAAAAAAAGACUAUUAAUGUGUGAACGGUGGUAAAUUACGUCCUUCGAUUUGAUGGGUCAUGAUUUUGAUUGUUUGAUGUACAGUGAUUUUUUAGCGAUGUAAGUCCGCCUGUCGAAUGUAGUUAAUAAUUUUUAAGUGAUUUAAUUUUAUUUUCUCUAAUAAUCAGUGACUAAUAAAGAAAAUGUUCUCCGAAAA